GAUUGCUUGUGGUUGGGGGUGCGCCUCUUGCUAUGAUUUGAUUUGAUACAAAUUGCUACGGAAACCUUAAAUAAUGCGUGGACAAUAAAUAAAAUGUUCACGGAAUAAACGCAAAUACACAUUCACGUGAGAAAAGUGUUAUUUGCAUCUGUAUUAGUAAAUUGUCGUGCGUCACAAGUGUCUACCAUGAAUGUGGUCCGCGGUGACGGCAUUUGCCCGACGGCUCACCUGCGAGUGAUCCUUCCGGCGCCCGUUGAUCAGAACAUGCCACCUCCGCCGUUUCACGAUAUCAGUAAUAUACAAGAUAUACCACCACCUCAGGCAGAUUUCUCAGCACCGCCUCCUUACGAUGUGGCUGCCAACUCGAAGCUGCCCACUUAUGAAGAAGUGCAAAGGGAAAAACAGAUGGAGGGCGAGGGACUUCCACAGCUGCAGGGCCCUCCGCCACUCCACCCUACAUUCGCGGCAUUCGUAACAGUGGAACCCACAGAGGCAUCUACUGAGCAGCUGGAUCCAGAGAACAGCCUACUCGGCACUGACGUCAUGUUCCUUACUUCUUUCUUUGUCGCAUUCCUGUUUAACUGGAUCGGUUUCCUACUGCUGAUGUGUUUCUGUCACACGGUAGCGAGCCGCUACGGCGCAUUAGCCGGCUUUGGCCUGUCUCUGGCCAAAUGGACUCUCAUCGUUAAACAUUCCACUGAACUCGCCUCACACGAGAAUUCGUGGCUCUGGUGGCUCAUAAUGGCAUUCGGUAUCCUAAUUUGCGUUCGCGCCAUCAUCCAGUACCUGAACAUCAAACGCGGCUGGCGUCUGCUCUCCGGCACGGCUCAGGAACGACUGCUUUUUUUCUAUUAACUCAUUGAAUUAGUCUCACACUGUCACACGCGUUACUGCAUCUUAUGCAUGGCUGUGCGAUGAGGAUAAAUAUGUUUACAUAGGCUAUAUUAAUGGAAAGGAAUGUCUGUUUAGCUUUAAGGUUCUAAUUUCCUUUAAGGUAAAUCUAAUAUAAUUGUUGAUUUUUUAUUUUUGAAUUUUAUUUUGUUUAUGUAAUGUAACGUGCGCUUCUUUUUAUUAUAAUUUAUGUUGGAAUGAAUGAACUGCAUAGCAUAAUUAUAUCACUACAUCGAAUUGUAGCAAAUGUAUUAUUAGUAUUCUUCUGUAUAGAUAAAAGUUUUUGCAGCAAAAGGCUUUUUUA